AUGGCACCCCUCCAGUGGGAUGGACUUAAGGAGCACACAGCUGAUUUCAGGAAAUGGUGGAGCAUGUUAAUGGAAGUGCAGACGCGAAAGGAGGGAAGGGAGCACAUAAACUUAACAGUUGAAAUACUUUGGCAGAUCUGGAAAGCCAGGAAUGAAGCUGAAUUGGAAGGGAAGGAUAGACACCCUAUGCAAGUCAUUAGGAAAGCCAUUAAGGAUUGGGAGAAGUAUCACCAAUCACAACAGAAACAACAUCAGUUGAGCAUUCUCGAAACAGAAACGGCACAAGAUGAGGAGGAAUGGAUGGGGGAGGAGGAGUACCUGCUGAACAUUAGUGUUGAAGUGGGUCAACAUGUCGAACGCCAAAAUAUGGGAAUUGGAGUUACAGCAGAAAAUAAUUUGAGCCAAAAAUGUGAAGCUUGGAUACUGAACAAGAGAAGCACUGGUUUAGCAGUGCUGGACCAUCUCUUGGCCAUCAAACUGACACUUCAUAAGGACACAGGAUGGCAGCAUAUUAAUAUCCGAACACCAUGCAGUCAGGUAUCUAUCAAGUUACUAUACUUGGCUGCUGGAGCAGGGAUUGCUGCACAAAUGCAGGUCUCAUGCUGGACCAUCACAGGAGAAAGACAGGCUUCUAGAUUACAAGGCUUGUACUUUGAAACAUUGUUAAGACAAGAAAUUGGAUACUUUGACACUGAAAUGACAGUGGGACAAGCCCUUGGGAUGGCUUCAAGUGAUGCCAUAACCAUUCAAGAUGCAAUGAGUGCAGAGAUAGGAAAGUCUAUCCAAUACUUGUCAACCUUUCUUUGGUGGGUUUUUAAUUGCCUUUGCUGGAGAAUGGCUUCUUUCUCUGUCCCUGUGAUUAUUCUUACCAAAAUGUCCAUUAACACUCAAGCUGCUUAUUCUGAAGCCAGAGGUGUGGUGGAAGAGACUAUUGGGGCAACUAAAACUGUUGUUAUCCUAAAGAAGAAGAUUGACAUUAUUAUUUUCAAAUUCUUGCACAAGGUUUCGUCCUUAACAGCAGAAAAUGAAGCCAUCACUAAGUAUGCCAAGAAACUGGAAAAAGUCAACGUGUUUUCUGCCAGACAAGGAUUGGUUUUGGGCCCUUACUUACAUAUUAACCGCUCUGUCUCCAUCUCUUGGAUCAAUGUGGGACACAAGUCUUUACUCAUGAACCUAACACUUUUUGGUGGUUAUGGACUAACCAUUUGGUAUGGAUCUAAAUUAAUCCUGGAGAAAGGUUACACAGGUGGACAGGUUAUCAGCAUUAUAGUUGCACUGGUGUAUGGUGGAAUGGCAUUUUUACAAUCUUCGUCGUGUUUAAACGCAUUAUCAUCAGGAAAAGCUGCUGCAAAUGUCUACUUCAGAUAUCCUGCAAGGCAAGCUGUGGAAGUAUUCUCUGGUCUAUCUUUACACAUCUCAAGUGGUAAGCAUGUAGCCUUAGUUGGGAAAAGCGGAUGUGGGAAGUCAACAGUGAUCAGUUUACUAGAAAGGUUUUACGAUCCAGAUGCUGGUGAAGUACAAAUAGAUGGUGUCAGUGUGAAGAGAUUACAGCUCAGGUGGCUAAGGGAAAAGAUAGGUUUAGUCAGUCAGGAACCAGUAUUAUUUGCCACAACAAUAAGAGAGAACAUAGCAUAUGGAAAGGAAAAUGCCACAGAAGAUGAAAUCAACAAAGCCCUUCAGUCUUCUUCUGCUGCAGCCUUCAUCAAAGACUUACCACUGGGUCUAGACACCGUGGUAGGCAAGCUCGGAGCUCAACUCUCUGGUGGGCAAAAGCAGAGAAUUACUAUUGCUAGGAUAAUUCUAAAGGACCUACAGUUUUCCUUCUUGAUGAAAUAA